UCAGCUGCGGAAUUUAAAAUAAAAAUGGACGCGAAAGAACACCUUUACAAAGUACUUGUUAUUGGAGAAUAUGGAGUUGGUGGGUCUUUUAACGAUCCUCUUUACUUUGAAUAUAUCUCCUGCUGAUCGUUGUUCUCUUUGUCUUUUUUCACCAGGGAAGGUAAGCGAGGAUGAUGGUCGUUCAGCUCUUGAGGACUUCCGUGUGCCGUGGUUUUUGCCCACUUUCGGUAUUGUUCUUGGAUGUUGUUGCUUAUAUUUUGAUUGCCUAAUCAUGAUUCCUUUGUUUCCCUCAUGGUUUAUCACCAAAGACGUCCAUUAUCCGGAGAUACACUGAAGGUUUGUGAAAACGAGGCUAUUUGUAAUUUACCGGGUUGUUUGUCACGAGAGUCAGUUGAUCACGGAGUCAGUUUCCUAAUUCGUGAUUUCCAGCUACACAGUAUCAAGUGACUUGAAUGCGAUAUCAGUAAUUUUCGUUGAUUUAUCAAUUGAGGGAUUUAGAAUGUUGCUAAUGAUUGUUCCUUUUUCAAGUGUGUGUGUUUUCAGCUGCAAUUCUGCCAACAAACCGGCAACCCUCGAAAUAAAAAAAUUGCGGUUUUAUCGAUGGUGCGGAGCAACUUCAGAAUACCCCGCAACUCAUUUACAUGUCAUUGAAUAAGAAUAUCGUCUAUUGUGUUAUGCCUCGAUCUUCAAAGCCUCCCGACACAUGUAAGUGAGGCGGACCAAAGUUGCGGGGUAUUCUGAAGUUUAGCCGAUGGUGCAUAUAAAUAUGUCGUGUUUGUAGGUUAUUCGAUCUAACUUUUGUUUGAAAAUAAAAUGUUGAAAAAAAGUCACUUUUCAUAUUACAUUUCACUGGUAAUCACAUGAUUUUUGAAAAAUUGGUUCAUGAUUUAUUGACUAUUAUUAAUUCAAUAAUUAUUUCAAUUUUAAUAAUUAUCAGGAUAAGACACUUGAGAGAUCGAGGUUUUCAACCCCAUCAACCUCAAGUUGUUUUUUCUAAUUAACAAACUAAGGCAAGAGGUAUUUCAACAAUACAGGAUAAACAAAUAGGUUAUAUUUUGCCUCGUUCAGUAAUAUCUGUUAGAUAUUCAGAUCUGUUCAGUAAUAAAUCACCCACCAAUGACGUCAAAAUUUAUAAAAACAAUAAAAGUGGCACACAAGGUGCAGCUGAGUGUGUCACUGAUAUUUUUAUUGCAUUUUUAUACCUUCCACGAACUACUACUGUAGACUUGUGCCAAAUGGAAUCCAUUUGUUUCAUCUGCUAAAAAAGCAGAAUGCUGAGCUGUUAAUGAUGACAUCAUUUUUGUAUCUGCCCUCCAAUAGAUCAUCAGUCAGAUCCAAUCAGAAAUAAUAGUAUAUAAUUAAGCUUAUCAUGUGAUACUGGAAAACAGACAUAUAGAUGACAACUUGCUGUUAAUCCUUUAACUCCUAUGAGUGACCAAGACUGAAUUUCUCCUAACAAUAUCAAUACAAUAUGAAGCAGACAAGUGAUGAGAAUAAAGAAAAAUCUAAAUUAGGGGAUUAUAAGUUGAUCCAAUACUAAAUUCUCCAAACCAACAUUACAAGAACUGUAUAGCAGUAAGGAGAAUUACCAAUGAGAUCUUGGGAGUGAAAGGGUUAACAACAUUUUGCUUUUUUACUCUUACUGCAUUUUGAUGUCUCCUGUGAUCUAUUACUGGACAGACACAGCAAAAAUGAACCUAUUUGUGAAAUCUGUUGUAUAAUUUGGUGACAUCUGUGAGCUCAAAUGAGUUUUACUUAUAUUUGAGCCCACCUCUUGUUGAUUUUUUAUGCCAGGGUCCUUCACACCAAACUACAAGCUUACAAUCGGAGUUGAUUUUGCUUUGAAAGUUCUCUACUGGGAUGAAAUGACAAAGAUUAAUCUUCAGCUUUGGUAAGUAGAUGGUGUUUAUGGAGAAAGCUAGUUAUUAGUAACUUUUGCUUUCUGGAAUUACAGUUGUCCUUGACUGAGAAGAGAAAUAUCCAGCAGAAAGAAAUAAAGUUAAAUUUCAGGAGAUUUUUAACUACCCUUUGACUAGAACAAGUAAUUAUCAUGUAAUUUCAGUUUAGAUACUUUCUAUUGUCUAGCCAAGGAUCACUUGAAAAAUUAAGUUCUCUGGAUGUUUUAGCAUUGACAAGGUCUCAAACAGGUCUUUUGAUGGUCAAAAUAAAGAAACUUUAAGAAUAAGCUUUGUAAACUUGCUUGCAGAUUCUUCAGUGUAAUUUAUUUAUGUUAUCAUGUUUUCAGGGAUGUUGCUGGCCAUGAGAGAUUUGGUCACAUGACAAGGGUGUAUUAUAAAUAUGCGUAAGACUUGUUUUGAUUGUCUAUAUCUUGAAUUUUAAGUUGACUUUAUGUUUAUGGCAGGGCUUCAUGCUGUCUCAAAUUUUUCCUCAAAUUUUUUUUUUUACCUCUCAUUGGAUCACAAUACAUCCUUUUAUGUUAUACAAUACAUCCUUUUUUCCUACAAAGAAUGCUGACAAGUUGGACCUCAGUAGCCCUGUAUUGUGUAGUUGCUCCAAUAACUAUAUGAGAUAUUUAGAAAUAUUAAUGGAAUACUCGAUAUGAUUUAUUAGCCAUGUACAAUUACAACCCAAGUGUUUUCUUUGCAGAAUUGCUGCCAUAAUUGUAUUUGACUUGACAAGGUAAACUGUUGCUUUUAUCUACAAAUAAAUUUAUCUCAGUUUUGAAAUGUUAAACAAAGCCUGGUUUCAUUGAAAUAGUUUAAUUAAUUCUCAUUCUAAACACUUUUAAAAAGUAAAGUAUUGAAAAAAUUCCAAGUUUUACAUUUUGUUUCAACAGACCACCAACAUUUGAUGCAGUUCUUAAGGUACAUGUAUGUUUUUGUUUGAAUUAUCACAUUGGGUAUAUCAGUAAGUUUAUGAAUUUAUUUAUAAUUCAAUAUUGGAGUGAUGUCUGUUCUUUUAACCAUUAAUUUUAAAACAUCACAGUUAUUUUGAGAUUUUAAUGUUAACUAUUUUGUAUGCUUUUUUUUCUUUCAUUUCAGUGGCACUGGGAUGUAAACCAAAAAGUUAUGCUGACUAAUGAGAAACCAAUUCCAGUUCUCUUACUAGCAAAUAAAGUAAGGCACAUGCUGUGCAAGUAAUAAAGAAACCACCUUUAAAUAGUGGUGAUUUAGGAAUUUUUGUAUAAAUCACAUUGUUGUAUUAAAUCAAAGGCAGAUUGUUAAAUUUUAUAGCUGAUGAUGACUUUUAAGUAGAUCAAGUUAAGCCAUAUUAUUUAAUUCUGCAUGUAGUUUUUUCACUGUGCACAAUGAAGUAUGUUCAUUUUGGCAGUAUAAUUUUCUCUUUAAUCUUAUCAAAAACAUCAUAUAUUGAAUAGUAUCAAUAGGUGUUAUUGAUGAUGGAAGUAAACUUCAAAUUACCUUUCCAAGAAUGAUGUCAAAAGUUCUGGUUUUGAUCCCCUGUUAUUCAUUUGAUUUAAUUUGUUUAACUCUUUAACUCCCAUGAAUGAUCAAGACUGAAUUUCUCCUUACUUUGUCUAUACAAUAUCAUGCAGACAUGUGAUGAGAAUAAAGAAAAAUGUUUCAAAGAUGAGAGUAUUUAGAUUACAUCUUCAAUUGAAAGUGGAGAGGAAUAGCAAGAAUAAUGGUUUUCUUUUAAAUUUAUUGCAGUGUGACUUGAAAGAACAUCCUUAUGAUGAGGAAAGAUUGAAUCAAUUUUGUCAAGAACAUGGAUUCAUUGGCUGGUAAGGAUUGCAAUUAGCAGAUAUAUGCAUGAUGUAAUAAAUUGUAGCAAAUGUUAUACUUGAAAAUAUCCUGUAUGUAGUAAAUCUUGUAGAUUUUUAUAAUUGGAAGAUUGGAGAUCAAAUAAAUUUUGGGCCACCAGCUAAUUUUGAUUGUCUGAGAUAAUUUCUAUUCAGAGGUGGUAUACUUCCUUGUCAGUUUUGAUUCAUAAUUCUAUUGUUGCUAAAUUUCAAAACAAAAACACCGUAGUUCGUCUUCGUAAAGAUUAACAAAGGGGCAUAAUUUAUUUGAUAUCCAACUGACUAGUAAGUUUAACUUUACAUUUCAUUUCCCAGAAAGAAAGACACAUAUAACAGUACUGUAUUAAUUAGUACACUAAAAAUAGUUAGCAGUGUUUAGGAUUUAUAAUUUUGAAUGAUUCUUAAAUUAGUUUAUUGUGACAUCAAUUCUUUACACAUAUUUUUCCUUUGAAUCUUGGCCAUAAGGUUUCCAACAUCAGCAAAAGAGGACCAAAAUAUUGGUUAGUGUUUAUUUUAGUUUAGUAUUGCUAAUUUUAUAAAGUAUUAUUUAAAAACAUAAUAAACAAGUUUGCCAAAUUUUCAGUAGAUGAUAGUCUCUCCUGUACAAAGUGGGGUAAUUGAGAUUUGGAGAAUGCAUUUUCAUUUAAGUGCUUUAAGGGGCAAAAGUUGCCCCAUUCUGUUUGAGUUGAGUAUCCUUUCAGAAAUGAGUACUAUUUGAUUGUCCCUUAUUCUGACAUUAAGAAGCAUAAUUUUGCAUUAGAAGGGCAGGAAUUGCCUGCAUUGGCACAAGGAAGUGUCUACCACACUAUUUUUGCCAAAGGUCCACAAAAAUAUAGGGUAAUUGACAUUUCCUUCCUUCUGUCAUUUAACGACAGGCACCAGACUUAAAAGUUGAAGUAAAAUGUAAAAUGUUGUUAAUGAAAUUUCAUUUCAGAUGAAGCAAUGCAGCUACUGGUGCAAGCCAUUUUGAGUGUGUCUGGUGAAAGCAAAACACCUAAUUUGAAUGAUUGUAUAGCCUUGCGAGGAACAGUGUUACAAUCUUCAAACCUGAUGUCUUGUGACUCACGUUAUAUGGUGGACUUUUCACAAAAAUAUCAAACUGAUGAAUCUUAUAGUCAAGCUGUCCCUCCCUCCAAGGAAAGAAAGUGUUGUCCUGGCUAGCAACUUGACUACUAAAAUUAUAGCUUUAGCUUGUAACUGUACAUGAUUGAUAUGAAAAGGGGGUAAGUUUCUAAAGAAACUGUGGUGCUACAUCUGUGGGAGAGUAUAUAAGGGUAAUUUAGUAUUAUCAACUGAGUUGAUACCAUAAAUUGGCCACAUUAAAAAGUUUAAAAAGCUGAUGUUUUGAGUGUUAACCCUUUGACAGAGCAAUGGACAAAGGGCUAACUCAUGAAACGUUAGCUUUUCAACUCUUUGCAGUGGCCAAUUUAUGUUAUCAACUCAGAGGAUAACACAAAAUUACCAUGCUUAAUGUAGCCUCCUUCGCCUGCAGCGAUUCUUUUGGGUCAAGGUUGUGGCAAUGUUUUGACAUUGCGUGACAUUCCAAAAACAGCUGCAAAUGUGAACUAAUUUAUCCUUUGAUUAACACGAGUCACCAAGAGAGAAUUUCUCCUUCCAAAUCAAUGCAAUAUCAAGCAGACAAGUGAUGAGAAUAAAGAAAAAUAUCAAUUAGGAGUCUUAAGUUUAUCCAAUAUUAACUUCUCAGAACUAACAUUAGCUUUAACAUUUAGCUUUUUA